CGUACGUCGAUGAUUCGAAUCUCGCACGAUGAAGGCGGGCAGAGCUUUUCCGACAUGCCUUCUUCUUCUUCUCCUUGUGGUCAUCUCGCUGGGCUUCGCCGUCUCGGCCGACGGACUCGUCAGGAUCGGGCUGAAGAAGAGGCCGCUGGACCAGAACGGCCGUAAGUAUGGCCUCCCCCUCCACCGAGAUGGUCUCCGCCUCGAUCCUGGCCUGGACGGACCCGCGGGGCCCGAUGCAGGCGACGUUGUCGCCCUCAAGAACUACAUGAAUGCUCAGUACUUCGGGGAGAUCGGGAUCGGCUCUCCGCCGCAGAACUUCACGGUGGUCUUCGACACCGGUAGCUCCAAUUUGUGGGUUCCGUCCUCCAAGUGCUAUUUCUCGGUGGCCUGCUAUUUCCAUCCCAAGUACAAGUCGAGCCAGUCGAGCACGUAUCAGAAGAAUGGGAAGUCUGCAAAUAUUCACUAUGGGACUGGAUCAAUAUCAGGUUUCUGUAGUCAAGAUUAUGUCACAAUUGGUGACAUUGUUAUAAAAGAUCAGGUCUUUGUUGAAGCCACUAGGGAGCCAAGUAUAACAUUUUUGGCUGCAAAAUUUGAUGGAAUUAUUGGACUUGGAUUUGAAGAAAUCUCAGUUGGCAAUGUGACACCUAUAUGGUACAACAUUGUCAAUCAAAGUCUUGUUAAAGAGCCUAUUUUCUCUUUCUGGUUCAACCGGAAUGUAAAUGAAGGGGCAGGAGGUGAAAUUGUUUUUGGAGGGGUUGACUCACAGCACUACAAGGGCGAACACAUUUAUGUACCUGUAACUCAGAAAGGUUAUUGGCAGUUUAACAUGGAAGAUGUCCUUGUUGGAAGUCAAACAACUGGAUUUUGUUCUGGAGGUUGUUCAGCAAUUGCAGAUUCUGGAACUUCAUUGAUUGCUGGGCCAACAACUGUUAUCACUGAGAUUAAUCAGAAAAUUGGAGCUUCUGGUGUGGUUAGCCAACAGUGCAAAGCUGUAGUUGCACAAUAUGGUGAAAAGAUUAUGGACAUGUUACUGGCAGAGGAAGAACCAUCAAAGAUUUGUUCUCAGAUUGGUCUUUGUUCCUAUAAUAGUACUCAAGGAGCUAGUCUGGGAAUCAAGAGUGUGGUUGACAACAAAGUUGAGAAAUUAGCUACUGGCCUCAAUGAUGGUGGCAUGUGCUCCUACUGUGAGAUGGCAGUCAUAUGGAUGCAAAGUCAGCUCAGGCUGAACCAGACACUAGAGCAGAUUUUGAGCUACCUCAAUGAGUUAUGCGAAAGAAUACCAAGUCCCAUGGGUGAAUCAGCUAUUGACUGUGAUAGUCUCUCCUUCAUGCCUGUCAUCUCUUUCAACAUUGGUGGAAAGAAUUUUGACCUGACGCCAGAGCAGUACACACUUAAAGUUGCUACUGGAGGUUCUGAACAGUGCAUCAGUGGAUUUACAGCCAUUGAUGUACCUCAGGGUCCACUUUGGAUACUUGGUGAUGUUUUCAUGGGCGUGUAUCACACGGUGUUUGACUAUGGCAAUCUCAGAGUUGGAUUUGCAGAAGCAGCUUAAGGGUAAUUAUUGUCUUAAAAUAUAUGAUGCCACUGUCUUAUAUGUGGCUAUCCAUGCAUGUAAAAAUUGAUUCCUAGCUUGCCUUGUUAUUUUUGAUGUGUUUGGGUUUGCCACUGAUCCUGCUUACUGUAAUAUCACUUCAAUUCCUGUCAUCCUGCUUAAAUCUAGGGAGAAUAUGGUAUUGUUAUGG